GUAUCAUUCUUGAUUGGCAAGUCAAGAGUAGCUCCAUUAAAACGACAGACCAUCCCAAGGUUGGAGUUAGCAGCUGCAGCUUUGUCAGUUAAAGUGGAUAACAUGUUAAAAAAAGAAUUGCCGCCACCUACAGAUAGGUCAGUGUUUUGGUCUGACAGCACAUCUGUCUUAAAGUAUAUCUCAAAUGACCACACUCGUUUUCAUACCUAUGUGGCGAAUAGGACAUCUAGGAUUAGGGAGGCUACACAAGUCAGUCAGUGGAGGUAUAUUGACACAAAGAGAAACCCCGCAGACGACUGCUCUAGAGGUGUGAGCGCAGAGAGGUUCAUGAGGAACCCAAGGUGGAUCUCUGGACCAGAGUUCCUUUGGUCAUCAGAAGAGGACUGGCCGAAUGAAUCUGUGGACAAUGUUGAACUUUGUGAAGAUGAUCCAGAGGUGAGGAAAUCUGCAACAGUGAAUGCAAUUAUGCAGACAUGUGAGGAAAGGCCCACAGACAAAUUGAUCAAUCACUUUUCAGAUUGGCUGAAGUUGAGAGUAGCUGUUGCAUGGAUCCUUAAAGUGAAAGAAGCAUUAAAACACCUCGUGCAGAAAGGAAAUGACUCAAAGAAAGAUUGUAAGCGGACUCUAAGGGUAACCAGAAUGACAAAAGGGUAUGUCAAAGACAACAUAAAAGAAGCAAUAACGGUGAAUGAUCUGAUAAUGGCAGAAAAGGCUAUUCUAUCGUAUGUACAGAAACAAAGUUUCCCUGAUGAAAUCAACAUGCUGCAAGAGGGCGCUUCCAAUGUGAAGAAAGCAGCAGCAUAUACAGAUUGGAUCCAGUGCUGGACAAUGGAAUCCUCAGAGUGGGCGGUCGCCUCAGAAGAACGGCAAUGCCUGAGGAAAGAAAACAUCCUGCCAUUUUGGCCAAAAACCACCACGUGUCCACUCUGAUCUUACGCCAUGUCCAUGCUCAAACUGGACAUGGAGGAAGGAACCACAUGUUAUCCCAGAAAGAACAGAGGAAAACCUGGUGAACAAAAGAUGGCUGAUCUGCCAAGGGAAAGGCUAGUCAUGGACUUAGCACCAUUCUCCAACAUUGGUCUGGACUAUUUUGGCCCUUUAGAGGUGAGAAGGGGAAGGAGCACAGUAAAAAGGUAUGGUGUCAUCUUUACCUGCAUGACAAGUCGAGCAAUACAUCUGGAGGUUGCCUACUCUUUAUAUACACACUCGUGCAUCAAUGCCAUCAGGAGGUUUCUAUGCCGAAGAGGCCAGGCACAACACAUAAGAUCCGAUCAUGGCACUAACCUUGUCGGUGCAGAAAGGGAACUAAGAGAAGCACUCAGAACAUUAGACCAAAGAAAGAUCCACCAAGCUCUGAUGAAGGAGGGAGUUCACUGGAGCUUCAACCCCCCCACUGCUUCUCACCAUGGUGGGUUCUGGGAACGCCUCAUCAGAAUGGUAAGGCAUAUCUUAUGUUCAGUCUGCAAACAACAAACACUAGAUGAUGAAGGCCUAAGCACUGUUUUCUGUGAAGUUGAGGCGAUUCUUAACAGCCGGCCUAUUACAAAAGUUUCUGAUGACCCACACGAUUUGGAAGCCCUGACUCCUAAUCACAUUUUGUUGCUCAGGACUAACCCACUUCUGCCCCCUGGAGUGUUUUCAAGGUCUGACCUUUACCACAGGAGACGCUGGAGACAGGUCCAGUAUAUAGCAGAGCUCUUCUGGAAGAGAUGGCUGCUGGAAUACCUACCUCUUCUUCAAGAAAGGCAAAAGUGGUCAAGAGUCAAAAGAAACUUCAUCACUGGAGACAUUGUCCUAAUCGCAGACAACUCAGCCCCUCGCAAUUCAUGGCUACUUGGAAGAAUUUUGGAGGCCAAACCUGACACCAGAGGCCAUGUCAGAGUUGUGAAGCUGCAAACGAAGAGCAGUGUGCUGGAGAGGCCAGUAUCUAAAGUCUGCUUGCUGCUGGAGGGUGAUUUCUGUGAUGGGAUCCUGGAGGAGGUUGCUGAAGGUGGAGCCCCAGGGGGAUGA